AUGGCAGCAUCACCGUCGCCCCCGUCCUCUGAUGGCAGCGGCAGCCUCUACACCCGGGAGCCGACCCUGGAGGACCUCGUCGAGCUCUUCGUAGCUUCGAAGCGCUCCCUCAACUGCACCACCACUCUCUGGCGCGCCGACGAGAUUGUCAAGUCCGCAAGGCAGCUGCUCGAGGAGAAUGCCGUGCUCUCCGCCAAGAACUCGUUCUUGCGGUGUAGCUUAGACGACCAAAUAGACAAUCUAGAAGCUGUGAGGCGUGGUGUUGACCUAGUCGAGGGCGACGUGAAGAACGAGUUCAAGAACCUCCUCCAUUCCCUCGACACCUCCUUCAGCGGCCUCCAAGCCAGCAUGGCCAUCCUCCGCGAAACCCCCAUCUCCCCCGCCCUCCAACCCCCAGACACCCCCCAGAAAUACCUCUACGACUUCAUCGACUCCACCACCGUCACCGCCCUCAAAGACUCCCUCCGUGCCUGCAUCGACCGCUACAACGACGCCCUCUCUUCCCUCCACGACACCACCGACGCCUUCGACGACUCCCUCAACGCGCUUCGUGCCACAAUCGCCGCGCUCCCGCAAACCGUCACCACGAACUCGGCCCCCUCCCCGCUCCCCCACCUCUUCCACGACCUAGAAGUCCACGCCACCGAAGCCGCGAACUGCUUUGCCAGCCUUGUCCAGCACUACGACCUCUGCGUGACGGCCCUCAAGCACACCGAAGGCGGCGGCGAAGCCGCGUCCGCAGCCACAAACUCCACCGCCGACCCCACAAACCCGCACCCCGACCCGGCUAGCGCACCCCUCCAAACCUCCACCUUCGCCAGCCCCCCCGAGCCUCUCACCGCAGACGAGCGCCUCGAAAUGCUCGCCGUCGUGCAGAAAGACGCCGCCGAGGUCGACGACGUCGUCACCGAGAUCCGCGACCGCGGCGCCGAGAUGGAGUACCUCCUCUCCAGCAUAAGCGCGCACAUCGCCCUCCUCCGCGACGAGCGCGCUGCCCUCGCCGCCGCGCUGCACACCCUCGACACCGUCGCGCGCUCCACCCGCGCCCAGCUGACCGCCGCUAAAGACUUCAUCGCGGCGUGGAACCUCGAGCACGCCGCCAUCGUGCAGGGUAUCGACGAGUGGGAAUCGCUCCGCGAAUUCUACGAGGCCUUCGACGCCGCUUACAAUAACCUCGUCAUCGAGAUCGCGGCACGGCGCUCGCGGCACGAGCGCGCCAAGAAGAAGGCGAAGGAGGCGCAGCGGGAGCUGGAUGCGCUAUAUGACGAGGACGUGGCGGCGAGGGAGUCGUUCACGGCCGCGCAGGGGGAUUUCUUGCCGCUGGAUAUCUGGCCUGGGCUGCGAGACAGACCGAGGCGGUUUGAAGUGUGUGCGGUGGGCCCGGUGGAAGAGGGGGAUGAGGAGGAGGGGAAGAGUAUUCCGGAUGUGGGGAGGGAGUUGUUGGAGAUGGCGGUGGAGAGGGUGAGGGAGAGAGGGUGA